AUGUCUCAAACGACCACGUGGGACGCGUCAAAAAGGGCACCUGCACCGAAUGCCUUCAGUGAUAGAAGUGCUGUCUCCGUCGCCGACGCAACCACGCCCGGGCCGGGCGAUAUCUUCCUGGAUGUCGGUUUGCGUGGAUACCGUAGCCGGCAAAACGAUAAGUUUGUCAUAGCCAAUUUAUACAAUUGGCACGCGUCUAUUCUGCAUGCCGAUGGGAGGACCGCCGGCGGGAGAGAGGGGUUCUUCACCUGGCUGAAGGAUAUCUUUAAUAAAAGCGCAGAGGAUAGGAGAAGCCACAUCGUCGAUCGCGCGGCAGUAGCAACACAGCUCGAUCACCCAGAAAUAGCGGUUUCCAAGCGGCCGGCAGGCUCUUCGCGCAAGGUCGACGUCGUUAAUCAGGCACCGGUCAACUUUGGCGCGGCGAGAUCAACGGCGACGCUCGAGGACGACGGCCACUUCCACGUCGCGGAGCACCAUGCAGAGAAUGGGAUUGAAAUGACAAGUCGUUCCUCGCCUUGUUGUACCACUACCGAAAGAGAAAAGACUUCUGGACGCGAUUCCAAUCCGAAUCCUUUGUGGUUUGAUUCCGAUGAAGUUUAUCGACCGGAAGGAAACGGGGCCGAGCAUCCUCGUAGCUACGCGAGUCCUAGACAUUGCUAUCGCGUUCCGCCAAGACAUCCGCUACUAGGAUCGGUUAUCCUAAACCGAAACGUGCCGACGCGCGCGAUUGCGGCAUUCGCCUCUGGAAACUCACGGCCCCCUAUCAAGGAACCGAAGACGACACCGGAAAACCGCGACAAGAAGAAGGACGAGAGGAAGGACCGAGAGGAAAAGAAGAAGAAGCCGGUGAUACGUACGGAUGAUGGACCCGCUGAUAAUAGCGAAAAUCGAGUGGCGAUGGUAGCGGACGAUAACUCGACCGGCGAUCCCGAAACGGCGUUUCGUUACGAAUGGGGAGUGAAACUCGCCGAGGGACCGGCGACCUACCUCUCUGAACCGGGCGAUAGCGAUAACGUGAUCGAAAAGGACCAGCGAUACGUCACGAAGCGGCUUUGGGGGGUCAAUCUGAGACAGCCGAGGUCGGAUGCUGAGAAUGCGGCUACCACGACGUCCAAGGGUUUCGAGGGAGACGCGGGGAAGCAAGUUCAAAAUGCCUCUUCGAUUCCUGGUGAUACCGACGAGAUGAAGAGCGACGAAACGUUGAUGGAAGCCGUGGAACCAGUCGCAGCUUCGGACCUGAAGAGCACAACCGCGGAAUAUCUUUCAACUCCCUCGAAUCGAAGCGAUUCUGUUUCAGCGAGUGGCACUGAUAACUUGAUCACGGCACAGCGAGAAGCGAACGACGCAAAUUUCUCCUUGAAUGAUCUGCGGAAGCUGCAGGAGACGAUCUCGCCGAGCACGCAGGCGGAAACGAUCGCGAUCGACGACGAUUACAACAUACCGGCGGAUGCAGCAUCGGACGCGGAGAUCGUUGCCUGGAAGAAUCUUGUGAUGAAGUCGCGGACAAUUGUUCCCGAGAGGGAAGACUUCCUGUCGGCCGAUCGCGUGGAAAACCUGCAGAUGGUAUCGAUCCGUCCGGAAGCACCGCAGCCCAAGCUGGACGUGCGAGUCGUGCGGUCCAUCGAGGACACUUCGAAGGAUGAAAGCGCUGAUCAUUCUGAUUCAGAAUCCGUAAUAUCCGGCGAGUUCAAGCGACCUGACUCCGCUGAUGCGCGAAAAUUCGACAAUUAUUCUCCCAGCAAGAAGCUGCACACCGCGAGCUGGCAGAUUCGCUAUGCGCAUCGCGAUACCAGAAGCGUCAUUCAAUGUUGUGAUGAGUUACUUCCGAUCGGUACUGCUCCCGUCGAUGCAACGAUAUCCGCGUCAGCAGAUUUCUCGAAAGAAUCCGAGAAGAAGAAGAGGCCGAAUGAAGCAUCGAGCGAGCAGACAGUUAGACAGCAGGCGGAUGCGAAGGGACAGGGAUCAAAGGGCGAUGGAGAGUGCAGCGACUUCAACGCGAGUAAUUCAUUAGACAAUCAACGAUCCGUUUCACCGGUGGAAUCUCAAAGGUUUUUGAAUAAUGGCAAAGAAGCGGAUAUAAAUCUUAUCAAGACAUUGAAUACAAUCUCGAACGGAGAAACGACAAUUUCUUCGAAUCAGUCACUGAUCAGAGACGCUGAUCCGUCGGAGAUCACUCAGCCAUCGACUUUAGCGUCUCUCGCGAAGGAUGAAUCUUACGUCGAGGACGAGAAUGCACACUGCGAAACGGAACGUCGCAAGGACUACAAGGAUGUGUUCGACGACGCCACGUAUAUCGACUCGGACAACCCGUCGACCAACGGUGGUCAACUGGACGCGAUGAUCGACUCGAAAGCAGCCGGAAAAAAUCCAAGAGGAAGAAUUCUCAGAUUGGAAGACGACCAUGAUUCGGAUUCCACGAAGGAGCGAAGCGAUGACUCUAGCAAAGAACACAUCGUCGACGACGAUUAUGUACGAUUGCCGGGAGAUCCUUAUCCCUACAACAAAGAACACUUGGACAAAUGGUACAAUGUGCCGCAUUCCAAAAAUUUCUCGUACAAGCCGAUCAAGCGAGGAGCGUCCCAUCCUCACUCGCCGACCCUGGAGAAGUCCAGCGAAGCGAGUGCCGCCGAUUUUCACGGCGGAAUGAUUGCGACGGAGACAUCGGUGAGCGGAUUCCGUGUGUUUCUCCAGAAACAGCGAAUGCCGUCCGAUAAUUGUUCGCAGAAGGAUGCUGCGGAUGCGCUAGAGCUGCAGCGAUGGACCGAGGACUUUUCGAGGCUCGAAGGCGGCGGGAAAGCGAGCGAGGCGACGCGAGUCGGCGACGACAACGCGUCGUUACGCGCGUACCGCCGGUAGAAGUCACGUCGUAACGCACGUCGUAACUUCCGAUUCACACGAAGAGUCAGGCAUCUUCGAAGAUUGCGUGUAUCUCCAAUAAUGGGAAGCAAACUCGCAGGAAUUCCUUCGUGUAAUCUGGAUCUGUGUUAACACGUAUUAUAAAAAUUGUACUAACG